GGGGGGGGGGGGGGCGAACAGGAGGAAAGUUGCGAUGAUUAAUUGGCGGGGAAGCCAUCAUUAAAAUACGUUCAUCGCAUGAAGCGGGAGGAGGAGAGCCGGUAUAAGAACGCGGCGUCGUGGGCAGCCGUCGUGAGGUGAGGCUCUCAGCCGACGCUUCCUCCUCUCCCUGCCUUCUUCCUCGUCACAACUCCCGCCGAGUCCUCGGCGCCGUUGACAGAACACCUCUCCCUCUCCUCAGCUCGGACGACGGCCGCCGUCGCAUCAAGGGUGAGGAGCUGAGAUAGGAGGGGGACCGCAGCCAUGAAGGCGCUCAUUCUCGUGGGAGGCUUCGGCACUCGCCUGCGGCCGCUGACGCUCAGUGUGCCCAAGCCGCUCGUCGAUUUCGGCAACAAGCCCAUGAUCCUGCAUCAGAUCGAGGCUCUGAAGGAAGUUGGAGUUACAGAAGUUGUCCUUGCCAUCAAUUACCAGCCUGAGGUGAUGCUCAACUUUCUCAAGGACUUCGAGAGCAAGCUUGGCAUCAAGAUCACCUGCUCCCAGGAGACAGAGCCGCUGGGAACCGCCGGACCGCUGGCCCUGGCCCGCGACAAGCUCGUCGACGGCUCCGGCGACCCUUUCUUCGUCCUCAACAGCGACGUGAUCAGCGAGUACCCGUUCGCGGAGCUCAUCCAGUUCCACAAGGCCCACGGUGGCGAGGCCACGAUCAUGGUGACCAAGGUCGAUGAGCCUUCGAAGUACGGCGUGGUGGUCACGGAGGAGGGGACCGGGAAGGUGGAGCGGUUCGUGGAGAAGCCCAAGGUGUUCGUGGGCAACAAGAUCAACGCCGGCAUCUACCUGCUGAACCCAUCCGUGCUCGACCGCAUCGAGCUGAAGCCGACGUCCAUCGAGAAGGAGAUUUUCCCGCGCAUCGCAGCCGACGCCGGCCUGUUCGCCAUGGUGCUCCCGGGGUUCUGGAUGGACAUUGGGCAGCCGAGGGACUACAUCACGGGCCUGCGCCUCUACCUGGACUCCCUGCGGAAGAAGGCGCCCGCCAUGCUCGCGUCGGGCGCGCACGUCCUGGGCAACGUGCUGGUCCACGAGACCGCAGUCAUCGGGGAGGGUUGCCUGAUCGGGCCCGACGUCGCCAUCGGUCCCGGGUGCGUGGUGGAGGCCGGGGUGCGGCUGUCCCGGUGCACGGUGAUGCGCGGCGCGCGUGUGAAGCAGCACGCCUGCGUCUCCAGCGGCAUCAUCGGGUGGCACUCCACCGUCGGCAAGUGGGCGCGCGUGGAGAACAUGACCAUUCUCGGCGAGGACGUGCACGUCUGCGACGAGAUAUACAGCAACGGAGGCGUCGUACUCCCGCACAAGGAGAUCAAGUCCAGCAUCCUCAAGCCCGAGAUCGUCAUGUGAGGUUCCAAGCGCGCCUACAAGGGUCCCCAUGCAUCCCGUAUGCUUCAUAUGUUUGUUGUUUGAUUUGUUGAUCGGUUGUCUACAAGUGUAACAAGUUGUCCGGACUCCCAAGUAGUAUCUAUCAAGCUAUAUCUAUAUGGUCAGACGAGUCUCGUCUCGAGUUCCUGUCUGGGAUUGUAGAUAGGUAGCCGGUGAAUGAAAGAAACAGAAGUUUUCUUUGUCAA